AUGGUGGCAACGUCACUCAUAUCGUCUUUCUCGCCCGUACCUUCCUCAGCUAAACCUCGCCGAGUCAACCGAUAUUCAAGUGUGGCAAUGGCGUCUGCAAGCGUGAAUGUGGAUAAUGUUAAAGUUACCCAAGGCUUGGGCAAUUUACCAAAGAUUGAUUUGACUUCUGUUCAUGGCAGUGAGGCAGAGAUAUACUUAUUUGGAGGUUGUAUCACAUCCUGGAAAGUGGCCAGCAGAGAUCUUCUUUUUGUCCGGCCGGAUGCUGUAUUUAAUGGAAAGAAACCAAUCAGUGGAGGAGUACCUCAUUGUUUUCCCCAGUUCGGACCAGGCGCGAUUCAGCAGCAUGGAUUUGCAAGGAACGUAAACUGGUCCCUUGUUAAUUCUGAGAAUGUAGAAGGAAAUCCUGUUGUCACUCUUGAGCUGAAAGAUAGUCCAUACAGCCGUUCCAUGUGGGAUUACAGUUUUCUAGCUCUAUACAAGGUUACUCUAGAUAGAAAUGCGCUCUCAACAGAAUUAAGAAUAACAAAUACUGACGAAAAACCAUUUUCAUUUACCACUGCUCUGCAUACAUACUUACAUGCUUCUGUAUCACGGACAUCUGUUACAGGCUUGAAAGGUUGUAAAACAUUGAACAAAGAUCCUGAUCCUAAAAACCCAGUGGAGGGUAAGGAGGAAAGGGAUGUUGUCACAUUUCCUGGAUUUGUAGAUUGCGUUUACCUUGAUGCCCCUGAAGAAUUACAACUCAAUAAUGGUUUGGGUGAUAAAAUUACCAUCAAGAACACAAAUUGGUCUGAUGCUGUUCUGUGGAAUCCGCACCUGAGUAUGGAAGCAUGCUACAAAGAUUUUGUAUGCGUUGAAAAUGCCAAGAUUGGACAAGUUCAGCUUGAACCUAAUCAAUCUUGGACUGCAACGCAACUGCUAAUCCUGGCUUGA